AUGUUUCACAAGUUUGGGGAUGAAGGUUCGAUUCGGCUCCUGGUGUGUACCGUCUUGGUCACCACUUUCUUCGUUGUAAAAUUUAUCUACAAACGAUUCGAUGCCAGCAACUGUUGUUUUGGUUUCCCUCUAGACCGCAACAAAUCGCAAAGGAUGUUCGAUGCAUUUCGGACACCUCUUGCAAUUGGAACAGCUUUGUUUAUCGUCAUCUAUAUAAUAAUGGACAUCUCCAUGGAAACACCCAGGAAUCUGACAUCUUUGACGGGAGUCGUGUUCUUUGUUAUCGCUCUCUUUGUAUUUUCGCACGACCCAUCAGGGGUGAAGUGGCGUCCUGUAUUUUGGGGCUUGGCCCUCCAAUUCCUGUUUGCUCUGCUCAUCCUGAGGUGGCAUUUCGGCCUCCAGGCGUUUAAGUGGCUUGGGCAGCGUGUCUAUGAAUUCCUUUCCUACACCGACAAAGGCUCAAUGUUCGUUUUUGGAGAGAAGUACACAGAUCAUUUCUUUGCAUUUAAGGCCCUGACGGUGGUAGUGUUUUUCAGUACCACCGUAUCCGUCCUCUAUUACCUGGGCGUCAUGCAGUUCAUCAUCUGUAACAUCGCCCGCUUCAUGGCCUCCACUCUCGGCACUUCGCCCACUGAGUCGCUAAACGCAGCUGCCAACAUAUUUAUUGGACACAGUGAGGCUCCUUUACUGAUUAAACCAUUUCUCCCGGAUAUGACGAACUCUGAGCUUCAUGCUGUACUCACUGGAGGCUUUGCAACCAUAGCGGGAACUGUCAUGGCCGCCUAUAUCCUGAUAAACGUACCCGCUAACCAUCUCCUCUCUGCCUCGGUCAUGUCCGCGCCUGCUGCGUUAGCACUGUCAAAACUGAUUUAUCCAGAAACCAAUCGACCACAGAUGGACCCUGACAAAGUCUACCAGAUGGACAAAGGUCCAGAGAGGAAUGUGAUCGAGGCAGCUUCCAACGGCGCAUCCCAGUCGAUCACUCUGAUAGCAAACAUAGCCGUGAAUAUGAUCGCAUUCAUCGCAAUGCUUGAAUUUGUCAACGCCACUUUGGAUUGGUUUGGGGCACGAGUAGGACUAGAACCACCGGAGUACGAGCGACUAACAUUUCAGUUUUUGUGCUCCUAUAUAUUUUGGCCUAUAGCCGCUAUGAUGGGAGUUGACCUUGGUGACUGUCGGAAAGUGGCGGAAAUGAUUGGAACCAAAAUAUUCAUAAAUGAACUAGUUGCGUAUACGGAACUUUCUGUUUACAUGGAUAACAACUACAAUCUAACAUGGUAUCAACAAAGGACGAGGAACAUUACGUCGGGGGUUGCUAACGGAAGUGACGUCACAAGAUGGUACUACUCAGGAGAUGAUAUUGUGUACACAGAUCUGAACAUUACUCUAAGGAAAGGAAUCAUGUCUGAUAGGUCGAUCGUUAUUUCGACAUAUGCCUUGUGUGGCUUCUCCAACAUCAGCUCCCUGGGGAUUAUGUUGGGAGCACUUGGUGCUCUGGCUCCGUCUCGUAAGACUGAUGUAUCAGCCUUGGUGAUCAGCGCCAUGGUAACGGGGAAUGCAGCUUGCUUCAUGACGGCAUGUAUUGCAGGACUUUUGUACAGAGGGGAAGUUUGACCACGCGAUGAGUGACGAAGCUGACAGGGAAACAGACAUAGUAUAUAUGCACCGGCGAAGAAAAAAUUUAGCACCUACAAAUAUAUUUUUUCUAUUAACAUAACCUAACGUAACAAUGUCUAUUAAUUAAUGAUAUUAAUGAAACAUCGAUUUUCAUCUCAAGUAUGUGUUUGUCUGCCUAGUUGACAUGUCUCUAAUAGGCUCAGAUGUGACCAACUCUCGCGGGUUUUUUUUCUGGAUUUCCACAAUAUGACAAAACAUAUUAAGACAUUGUAUGGUUGCUUUUUACAAGAUUAUUUCUUCUUUUUUUUUCUUUU